UGACACGCCCCUUUUUAAAAGGCACCCCAGACGCUGUGGAAACGCCGGGUAUCCUGAGCUGUGAGCUGGUAGUAACGCUACGUAUGCGCUGCUAAACACACGCACAGCUAUACGCCAAGGCGUGGAGGACGACAUGAUUGACCGAUAAGGCGGAUAAACGUCGAUUCCCUCGCAUUAAAAUGCAGCGUUCAUUAAACAGCACCGCACUGUAGCACCUCUGCGUCGUUCGGGGGAAGAAAAUGGAUAUUCGUGGUCUCGGCGGAUGGAUCAAAGCGCUUCAAAAUGGAUUGCUAUCCUCCCAUAGCCAGCUCUCUGGUCCUCAUGUUGGUUUAUCCGUUUUAACAACAAGGUAUGCUAACCUGAAAAUGAUUUUAUGGAGGAAACUAAAGUAGUUCCAUUACAAUGACACGCACAGAUCCACCCAUCAUACUGGAAUCUACUGUGUACCAAGCUGUUAAAGUGAAUUGCCUCUCUCACCACACCAAGUCUGACUAUUCCUCUAAACAAUGUGAUUCCACAUUCAUUAGCACACUGGAGUAUAAACAGAACAACAAAAAAAGGCACUGCCACAUAUUUGAUACUAAGUCUCCAGGCAAGCCCAAAUAUAACACAAUCGAAAUGGACUACCCAUAUAGAAGGGCUGACAGAUAUGCGGCAAACCCAGAAGUUGCAUGGAAUGCCUUAGCCCAACAGCAAGGGCAUGGAGUCCAUCGCUUUUCUUCCCCAGACUUAUAUAACUUCAGACUGACCCCUCAGCCUUUAACUACUGAAAUGGCUGGUGAGGUUGUUGUGACAGAACAUAAGAGGCGGACCAGAUCAAGAAGUGCUCCACGAGCCCAGACCAAUCUGACUCCUGUAACGAUUGAUGGUUCCCCUCCAGUGACUAGGAGGGGUAGGGAAGUUCAGAGGUCUCCAAGGCAACCUCAGUGGAAGCCAGAGGUGUCUCCAAGAAGAGAAUCCUCCUAUGCAGCAACUCGGGCACUAAUCAAUGAGGUACAUCCCAUCAAACUACAGCCACAGAGGACUGAUACCAGCAGGUACUCUCCUGUUUAUGUGCCUGAAGGCUUGGAAGAGGGAAGGCCUGAUAAACCUGCCACUAGUCCUCAUGUACGAUGUAGAGUGGACAUUAAGCCUGAUGAAGCAGCUUUGCAGCAACGUGGGCAAAAAUCCUCCACUCCAAGGGUGGAUAUACCCUGGCAGAAAUAUCCCAGUAGCGGCAGUCGGAGUCUUACGGUACCUCGCCACUAUUCCACCUCCAGAACACCAACACCCACUGAAUCCUUCACAGGUGAAUACAGGCCUACUUACCAGUAUUCCCAAAGUAUGCCAAACAGUUACAUGCUGCCAAUGGAGACCCCACUUCAAAGGAUGCCUUCUCAACGGGAGUCAAAGGAACAUUAUGGAAGGGAACGAAGGGCUCACUCAAGCCCCAAUGUGCCAACUAAAUUCUUCUAUGCAGAGGAUAUGGGGAAAUAUGGAUCUUCAGCUCCUACAAGAAAUUACUACCAGGAUGAUCGUUACAGCAUUCCGAGCCAAACCUAUUCUCCCAAAGUACACUAUGUCCAAGAUCCAAGGACACGCAUGGUUCACUCUAUACCUGCCAGGUCAUAUUUUGCAGAAAUGGACCCCUAUCAAUAUUCUGCAUCUGUAUAUCCAAAAUCCUAUGGUGCAAAUGAACCAGGACCAUACAUAAUACAGACACCCCCAGCGAGAACAUUCUAUGGGGAUGACCCUAGGACAUAUCAGAUUCAAACAGUUCCCCCUAGGAUUUUCUACAUGGGUGAUGCCUAUGUGCCACCAAUGGAACAUCACCUUCCAGCUCGGGCAUAUUACACAGAGGGUAGGCGCCAUGCCCGUGUGGUUCAGCCUCAAUCAGAUGACUGGUAUGGCUCAGAUGUGUCUGGCUAUUCCACACACUAUCCUUCUUCUUACACCUCCCAGGUGACACCAACAAGAGUUAGACAAGAGCCAAUGGCUGCACCUUGGUACACCAACCCAUGUAUGGAGCCUACAAGGCAAGUAGCUGACCCAAGACCAUACUCAAGGUCUUGGGAUAACAUCCUCAACACUCAUGUAGAGAGGGAACAGCCUGUGCCUCGUGGGAAAAGCGAUGAGAAUCUCCUCUGUCAGGGGAAACAAACUUUGUCAACAAAUGACAGGCCAAAACCUGUAGUUGUUAACCUUUCGAGUUCACCUAGACGCUAUGCAGCUCUGUCUUUGUCUGAAAAUUCUCUGAUUGACAAAAGCCCGACUGAUGCUAGGAGCACCUCAAGCAAACAAUGGUUUAUCACCCCUGAGAUCACGAUCACAGACAAUGAUAUUAAACCUGGCAAGGGUACUAGAGCAGAAGCACGUUCUGCCAGUUGGGAUGUUCUGGAUUCUAAAAGUGCUCCAGAUGAACAAUCUGCUCAUCGUGAAACAAUGUCCUUAUCAAUGGAAUCAACUAAAGAAAAGACACACCACAGCACCUCACUCCAACAAAGCUUAGAACAGCUUGACGAGCUUUUAGCUGACCUGGUCAUUGAUUACAAACCACCAGCUAGCAGAAGGCCCAGUGAAGAUCUGCUGGAUCAACUCAAGAAGCUUAUUGAUGAAGAAGAGGCAGUAUCAUCAGGAAGAAAAGAUUCAAAGGCAGGAUCUGAGAGCAGUGUGCCCCUUGACAAACAACCCACUUCCAUAAAAAUAGAUCCUGACUCCUUAAGAGACACAGAGAGUUGUGAUGGACUUCGAAGUACUGAGGAGUGUUCCCCUGAUCAGAGCCCAGAUGAGGACGACACAAUGAUGUGUUCAAACAAUAAAUGUCGUCGUACAGAAACAUUGUUUAAUGCUUGCCUCUACUUUAAAUCUUGCCACAGCUGCUACACAUACUACUGCUCCCGCAACUGCCGCCGAGAAGACUGGGACAUUCACAAAGAGAGCUGUCUUUAUGGGCGCAUUGGCAGUGUGUGUCGCCACAUCAUUAAGUACUGUCGGGAAACUGCAGAGGUUCACAAAGCUUUCUCACGUAUAGCCAAAGUGGGAUACUUGUCUCGAGGAAGAGGAGUCCUAUUUUUAGGAUUUCCGAAUCCAGGAUCUUCAACAAAUUUCCUUCAGUUUGGUCUAGAAAGCCUUUUGAUGUCUCCAACAUACCUGUCCUUACGUGAACUAGAUGGCUUCAGGGAUAAUCUUGGGGAGUACUGUAAGGAGCUCCAGGAGGCGGGUAAGGAAUACGACCCCAAUGAAUGUUUUCUCUUGAAUGUAUCCAUUGCUGUUGGUGAACAAGUGCCUGACGGACCAUCACCAAGGGUCCAAGCCCCAACCGUCAGGAAGUAUGCCAAGGUUGCAUUAGCUUCUUACAGCCCAGAGAGGAAGGUACACAGGAAGGAUAGUGAUAUGGAGACGCUAAUCCUCACUCCACCACCAGGUACAGCUGACAUCGACAAGGAAGGUGAGGAGGGGAGAAAAGCCAGGGAGAUUUGUUUCAUCAACAUUCAACGGGAGCUAAGGAUUCGUGGGGUGUUUCUUCGCCAUGAGUACCCCCAAGUGUAUCAGAAACUAUGUGAAUUUGUGGAGAGCAACAGAAGGUUCACCCCUACCACUAUUUAUCCUAUUGACAAGAGAACUGGCAAGCAGUUCAUGUGCAUGAUAAUGGCAGCUUCUGAGCCACGGACUUUGGACUGGGUAGCUACCCCGCAUCUUCUAGAUGAUAUUAUUUAAACAAGUGCACCUUUUUUAUGUACGUAUAUAUGUAUAGAAAAAGACAGAUAUACAUAUAUAUAUUGUUAUACAGUUCAUAUCUAUAUAUUAAGCAUAUUUAUUAUAAAUGUUUAUAGUUAUGUAUUUUGUUAUUGAAAAAGACCCAUGUCUCUAAGGCCAGUAUUAUUUGUUGUUAUAAGGAGAAACCACAAGUUUAUUUUCUAUGUUAUGUUUGCUUUUUUAUUGUAUUUGUCUAGUUUUUGUCAGCACUGCUCUCCUUCUUGAUAUUCCCUUCUUUUCUCAUUCAUAUAUCAAAAGAACAACAUGUAAAGAUAAUCAUAUUUAUUUUGACAAAUUAAUAGCUUAACCGCAACGUAUAUUAUGUAUUUAAUUAAAAUAUUUUGUUCUAUGCAAGCAUUAUCAACAUCCUCCCUCAAAAUAUAGUUUGAGUACAAAAAGGUUAUGUGUAUUUACUGUAUAUAUAUUAUAUGAUAUGAUAUUAUAGUAUAUUAUGUAAAAAUAUGGAUUUUUAUGAGUGUUGCACAAAUUAUGAUGCAAAAAGGAAUGACCAUCAACAAAAACAUCCUUGGAUUUUCUUGCCUAUCAAAAUAUGGGAAAUUGAUCAUUAAAAAUAGAAGACUGGACCAUUUUGAUCUGUCCAGAAGAAAAAUAUAGUGCUGUAAUGCAUUUAAGUAAACAUUGGUUUUCAACACCAGUCCUAGAUACCCUAUGCUUUCGUUGGUGUUCCCAGAACUGGGGCUGACAAAAACUGCAAAAAAAAGAGAAGAAAAAAAAGAUUUAUAUGAUGUAGGUAUCCACCACAUUCAGUCCUUGGUGCUUUUAUGUAUGCUUGGUAGAAUAACCUGAGCAAUAAUGAACUUGAAGACCAUUUUAAGUCAAAAAUAAUGGUUGUAUGGUAUCAGUUGUGCCAUACAUUAACUACGAUACCUGUGCUGUUCCAUUUGAAACACUGUGAACUGAAUCUCGUAUGCUUGUCAUGAAUCCAAUGCCCUUGUAAUCAGUCACUAGACUUGGAGAUAUAUAUGAAAUAUAUUGUUAUGAUUAUGAUGGGCAUGUUAUGAACAGCUGCUAUAGUUUUGUCUCUAAAGUUAUGUGGUUGAAGUGUGUCUAAGUAGCUAUAUGGUAUGUUAUUUAAUACACUUGGGAAAGAUUAUCAUUUUUAUAUCUGCUUUUUACCCUGAUUUAUUGAGAUUUUUUUUAAAAUCUUCAGAUCUUACAAAAGGUCACGGUUUCAGUAAAUUAUGUUUAUUAGUAAAAUUCAGACAUAUUACUGCAGUAGAGCCUUAAAAGUCAUAUUAAGCCUGUGCCCGACUACCCACGAGAUGCAGCCUUUCAUAGUAGUUACCUUCUCACCAAGUAUUUAUUUAUUUAUUCAUUUCUAUCCUGUAGUUUUUGCCAGCCUUGCACUGCAUGAUUUUUGUCAUGGUUUUCUCAUCCCAGAGAUACGGUUUGGUCUGUAUGAAAUAAAUCCAUGCCUUUAGCUUAAUCAGCGCAUGCAGCUACUACUGAUGCUCUUAUGUGGUGGGAUGCUCAGUGAGCGGUUCAACAGACUUAUGAAAUACAUCAAGUUCAUUAUGAUCAAUAAACUAUGAAGAAAUUGUGUUAUGCACAAAAAAUUCUGUCCUAAACUGUCUAGUGAAUGCAUAUGUAGAAUGAAUGAACAUCUUUGUCAUUAAAUAAAAUAGGACUGUACUUUUCUUUCCAAAUCUUGUAGUACAGUACUGUACAAAAGUCAGAAUCCACCUUGUAUGUACUUAAUUUCCAGUCAAAACAACCAUUAAGUACAAGCCAUUUCUUUUUCAGAAGAUAUUUCUGACUAUAUAUGUCUGUGUCUGCCCUGCAUUGAACUGGUGACCUGUCCAGGGUGUUUCCUGCCUUCCGCCCAGUUACCACUGGGAUAGGCUCCAGCACGCCCCACAACACAGAAGGAUAAGUGGCUUAGAUACUAUAUGUUCUGAGGAGAAUAGAUAUAACAUCAUUUACUUGCAUGAGGAAGGAGAAAGCCAAAAGAAAAUAAGCAAAAAACAGCAGUUUACAAAACUAUUAAACAAUAAGGAGACAACUGCAAGACCUGCAAGACCACCAAAACUGUCACGAUCAGAUAAUCAAUUAUUCCAUCUUUGAGAGAGAGGAGAAAAAAAAAGCUCCACUGUUGCUUCAGAUCUGAAAAAAUCCACAAGCAUUUCUGUCCAUCCUCCC